CAACCACAUAAACAUGACGGGCAAACCUGAAGACAUUGAGAACAACAACCUGAAUACAUCGGGCUCGGACGACAAUGAGGCCGUCGACCUGGAACUGCUCGGCCGCCAGAGGCCUGCCGUGUUUCGAAACACAGUAAUUGAGAUCUUGUUUUGCAGUUCCCUGCUCGUCUCCAUGUUCAUGUCGGAAUUCUUCAUUUCUGGCUUCAACAUCAUCCUGCCCACCGUCGCCAAGGCCCUCGAUAUCCCCAAAGGCUCCCAGACAUGGCCUGCUAGCGUCUUCUCCCUCGUCACGGGCUCGUUUUUGCUCCCCAUCGGUCGCCUCGCCGACAUCCACGGGGCCUACAUCGUCUUCAACGCCGGGCUCGUGUGGUUUUCUAUCUGGUCUCUCAUCUCCGGGUUCAGCGUCAACUAUCAGAUGCUCAUCGUCGCUCGUGCCAUUGGCGGUUUCGGUCCCGCCGCCUUCUUGCCCACGAGCAUCAUGCUGCUCGGUAAGACGUACCGUCCCGGUCCCAGGAAGAACCUCAUCUUUGGCCUCUGGAGCGCCUUCGCCCCCAUCGGCUUCUACCUGGGCAUUAUUACCGGUGGCGCCACCACCCAGUACAUGUCGUGGAGGUGGUACUUCUGGCUGGGUUCUAUUGUUACCUUCAUCGCCUGCGUUGUCUCCCUCGUCAUCAUCCCCCGCGACAGGGCGCAGACGCGCGCCGAGAAUGCCCACGUCAAGAUGGAUUACUGGGGCACCGCAACCAUCGUGCCGGGGCUGAUCCUGACCACCUUUGCCAUCACCGACGGCGCCCACGCCCCGCAAGGUUGGCGGACCCCUUACAUUAUUGCCACCUUUGUCUUGGGCGUGCUGUUUCUCGCGGCCGCCGUCUAUGUCGAGGGCUGGGUGGCCGAGCAGCCGCUGCUGCCGUUCGACCUCUUCAAGCCGAAGUACAUGGUGCGCCUGUCGGUCGCCCUGUUCUUUGCCUAUGGCGUAUUUGGCAUCUUUUUGUUCUACGCCAGUUUCCACAUCGGCGACUACAUGGGCCAGUCAGCCCUCACAACCGCCGUUUGGUUCACCCCCAUGGCCGCUGGCGGCCUCAUCCUUGCUACAGUCGGCGGCUUCACGCUGCACCUGCUCCCCGGCAGGCUCCUGCUCAUCAUCUCCGCCUGUGGCUAUCUCGUGUGCUGCUUGCUCUUUGCCUUUGCUCCCAUCGACGCAAACUACUGGGCCUACGUCUUCACUGCCAUGCUCGGCUCCACCAUCGGCGUCGACAUCACCUUUGUCGUCAGCAACGUCUUCAUCACCACCAACGUCGCCCGCGAGAGGCAGGGCAUCGCGGGAGCUCUGAUAAGCAGCUUGCUCUUCGUCGGCAUCAGCUUCUUCCUCGGCCUCGCUGACCUGGCCGUGUCUGAGGACGAGAGCAGGGGCGGCGCCCAAGGCCACAGGGUCGCCUUUUGGUUUGCCACGGCCUGCUCGGCAGUCGUGCUCCUGCUCUUCUCUACCAUCAAAAUACCAAAGGCCAAGAGCGACUUGACUGUAGAAGAGCGGAUGCGCAGGGAAGCGGCGGCGACGAAAGAAAAGGAGUCUGGGCCGGCGCCACAGCCCGAGGCUAUGUUGUCAUGAGAGAGAUAGACGGGGUACUUUGGGAUACGGGAUAGACAUCAUUGUAUAUUGGAUAAAUAUAAACUCCUGGGAUAGAUGUAGUCGAAAUCUUCUACCGCU